AUGGAGUUCCCAGACGAGUUCCUGCUGGCGGAGCUGCAGCUCUACAACGACUCGCUUUUCCAGAACAACUUCAGCAGUUCCUACAACGAGACCGACGCCUUGCUGCCGACCGGGGUGAAGGUCACCAUCGUGGUCGUCUACAUGAUCGUCUGCGUCAUCGGCCUGGUGGGAAACUUCCUGGUCAUGUAUGUCAUCAUAAGGUACACCAAGAUGAAAACAGCCACCAACAUCUACAUCUUUAACCUGGCGCUGGCUGACUCUCUGUUCCUGGCUACUUUGCCUUUUCAGGGCACUGAUGUGUUUCUGGGCUUCUGGCCAUUUGGGAACGCCCUGUGCAAGACGGUGGUGUCUAUCGACUACUACAACAUGUUCACUAGCACCUUUACCCUGACAGUGAUGAGCAUGGACAGGUACGUGGCCGUCUGCCACCCUGUCAAAGCGCUGGACAUGAGGACUCCUCACAAGGCCAAGAUGGUGAAUAUCUGUGUGUGGGUGUUGGCCUCUGCCUUUGGUGUCCCAGCUAUGGUCAUGGGAAAUGUAGAGGAGGAGCAAGAGCACAACAGUGUUGAGUGCAUUGUGGUUUUACCAGAACCGAGGAGUCACUGGGAUCCUGUCUUUGGCACCUGCGUCUUCCUCUUCUCCUUCCUCAUCCCUGUGGCUAUAAUCAGCAUCUGCUACAGCCUGAUGGUCAAACGCCUGCGCAGCGUUCGCAUCCUGUCCGGCUCCAAGGAAAAGGACCGCAACCUGCGGCGCAUCACCAGGAUGGUUCUGGUGGUGGUGGCAGCUUUCGUCGUCUGUUGGACCCCCAUCCAGAUCAUGGUACUGGCUCAGUCUCUGGGUUUUAACCUGAGCAGCUUGUUCACGCUGGUCCUGAUGCACUUCUGCAUCGCGCUGGGCUACGUCAACAGCAGCCUGAAUCCAGUGCUCUAUGCCUUCCUGGAUGAAAACUUCAAGCGCUGCUUCCGUGAGUUCUGCCACCCGUCUCCGUUCCGCCUCGAUACCCAGCAGUCGGGCAGGAUGAGGAGCAUCGCCAGGGAGGUGGCGGCCGCCUACAGCUGCAAGGCCGGAGACGGCGGGGGGCCUGGAG